AUGGCCUCCAUCAUGAGCGAGAGCGUUAACAGCUCCUUUCCUUCAUUAAUGAUAACCAACCAUCCCUACUACCCUCUCGAGGUCGAGAUCGCAAGCUAUCUGGCAAACGAAUGGUCAAUGCAAGUCCUCCUCGCAACCUUCACCGCAGUCUGCGCAUCCAUCCUCUUCGCUACCCUAUUCAUCGUCAAUCGAAGACACCCAAACCUCCCCUCCAGCGAAAAGGCUGCCAUCUGGUGGUUUGUGCUGUCGGGCGCCAUUCACCUCUUCUUCGAAGGAUACUUUUCAAUCAACCAUACGCGCAUGGGCCCUGCGCAGGAUCUGUUUGGCCAGCUAUGGAAGGAGUACGCAUUGAGUGACUCGAGGUACUUGACCUCGGAUCCCUUUGUGCUUUGCAUGGAGACCGUCACGGCUUUUACGUGGGGCCCCCUCUGUUUUGUCGUCGCCGCCUUCAUAACUACAUCCCAUGCUCUGCGACAUCCGCUGCAGAUUAUUGUGUGCGUGGGACAGAUGUACGGGUUGAUUCUUUACUAUGCCACUAGCAUGUUCGAUCACUAUUACAAGGAGAUUUCGUACAGUAGACCGGAAUUCCUCUAUUUCUGGGUUUACUACUUCUCGGUGAACUUCAUUUGGAUGAUUUUCCCUGGCAUUCUAUUAGUGAAAAGCGUCCGAACCAUUGCGCAAGCAUUCAACACUCUCGAAGAGUUGAACCUAAAGAACGGGUCCGCAAAUGGCUCAGUAAAGAAGAACAAAUAG